AUGUCAGAUUCUUCAGUCUGGGUAGUUUUCAAAUGUUGCUCGUUUGAGCACCGAAUGUGCAGAUCUUCUGUAGGUAUGUGUGUGGCGGAUGAUCAUGGCCUUAACUACAAGAUACCUUUGUGUCCUCGUCAAAUUAAUGGCGUUGAUUGUGGAUACUUUGUAAUGCGAUUUAUGAAAGAGGUCAUCAUGGAAAAUGAAUUUAUGAUCCCCACAAAUUACUUUUUUGACCACAAAUGUCGUACCUACUCUCAUGAUAAGUUAACUGAGGUUAAGGAGGAUUGGGCUACUUAUGUGGUGGAUGAUGUUUUCGGUGAGUUUUUCCUUGACUUGAUACUUGAUAAACAAGACAAAUAUUACUCAUGGAUUUAG